AUGAUGAAGCAAGAACAAAUCUCCCCCGUGUUGACUGGGCUUCCCAUUCUGAAUGAUAGCAAUACAGGAAGAGGUCUGCGUGAAAAGAAGAAAAAGAAGUUAAGCUUGCCUGGUGAAACUACAACCGACAUGGAAAGUGAUGAGGAAGAGUCUGUUGGCCCAUCAUGUAGGAAGUUAGCAUCAACGAUGCAAAAGAAAACCUCUCCAAAAAGUUCUUUCAGAGGUGGAACUUCACUUCCUUUACCUCCAACAGGCCUCUUGAUUGCUAAGCGUUCCAAAAAUUUGUCUUCAACAGCUACACAAGGAAGCUGCUCCAAUGCUGCAGAAUUGUGGUCUAGUAAUCUGAUGGAUAUUUCAAGCAACACAAUUGGUCGGUUACAUACUGAAGCUUCGUCUUCUACUGUGGAUUUCUCUACUCAAGAAGUAUUUCAGCCAGGUAAUCGUACAGAAGCAUCAGGGUCUUAUAUGUAUUCAUCUACUCAGAAAACGAUUCAGCCAGGUGGGUAUGAAGAUUCCUAUGGAAUACAACAAAUGGAAACUUCCCAUCCAGUUUCACAUUACAAUACCGGGCAUUAUAACUGGGGAAUCCAGCCACAAUAUUGGCAAUACCAUUCUCAACUUAUGAACAUGAACAAAUCCUAUCAGCACUUACCAGCAGUAUCACCUGUUCCUGAAUUAGAAAACAGUCUAACCGGCCACACGUCAAUCAAUAGGCCAAUGCAAUCACAACUGCAGCUAUAUUCCGGAGGAAAUCCUCCGCCGAUUUAUCCUACACCGGCUCAAUCACCUGUCCCGCAGCCAAUGAAACCUAACAAAGAAAAAUUCAUUACUGCCUUAGCCAAAAUAAAUGAAAAGUUGGAGGUGAUGCAAAAAUCAUUGAAGCCUGUAAGUGACGACGAGGCCGGCGUCACAAUACCUGAUGGCAUCGCUUCUCUUCCUCUCAAGAGUAUUGCAGAAUUGGAAGCCUACGAAAUAUUGCUGAAGAACGAUGGAAACCUAAGAAAGCUGGUAUCACGGAAAAUUCGCCUUUUGGGAAAGAGGAACACUAAAAAUUCUGAAGCAGACUACGUUCAACGAGCAUGGAGGACUGUUUUUGCUGAUUCCCUCUCAAAGGAUGUUAACUGGCUGGGAAGGAGAGACAAAAGAGUCAAUAAUGGAAAUGAAAAAAAAGGACUGCACAAUUGUCGUAUCACGCCAGUUGUUAAAGAUGGAAUCCUCUCCAACAAAGUAUUUGUUGAUAUGGAAAACGAGAAAUUGAUCGAAGAAACUAAAGGUGCUCUUAAAAAUGCCAAAUCGCGUUUCGUUGCAGAUCAAUUGCGUGUACCGGCGGAUGAAGGCAGUGAUUCCAACUAAGAUUCUCUACUUUGAUCGUUUUCUCAAGUUAUCCUCCUUUGUUCUCGCUAUGGACCACCAAGAAAAUACCGCUGCCGAGGGUCUAGACCAAAAUGCCAAACAAGAAAUAAUUUAAAAAAUUAAAAUGUUGUAAAACUUGUGUUAACUUUGUGUUAAAUGAAUCCUAUUAUGGAUAGAAAACAAUAAAAGAAGUGUGUUUUCAA